UUUACUCGUCCGGGUGCAUGAGGAGUGCGCCUGAAGAAAACAUGGCAGUGUCGGCAGGUAGAUCCGUAGUCUUUGUCACUGGAAAUGUGAAGAAGUUAGAGGAGGUCGUGCAGAUCUUGGGAGACAAGUUUCCUUUGAAGCUCGUGUCAGAGAAGAUUGACUUGCCAGAGUACCAGGGAGAACCUGAUGAGAUCUCCAGACAGAAGUGUCAAGAAGCUGCCAGGCAGGUGGAUGGUCCAGUUAUUGUAGAAGACACCUGUCUGUGUUUCAGGGCCCUCGGGGGACUUCCAGGGCCCUACAUAAAAUGGUUCCUAGACAAGCUGAAGCCAGAAGGGCUGUACAAGCUGCUGGCUGGAUUUGAGGACAAAUCUGCCUGGGCCUUAUGUACCUUCGCCUUCUGUGCUGGGAAGGAGGAACCAGUGCUGCUCUUCAGGGGCAAAACUGAGGGGUGUAUUGUGGAACCUAGAGGACCCAGGGAUUUUGGAUGGGACCCUUGUUUCCAACCAGAUGGAUUUGAUAAAACAUAUGCAGAGCUACCAAAGGAGGUGAAAAACACAAUAUCUCACAGAUAUCGUGCUCUAACAGCCAUGUCUGAGCAUUUCUCCCAACUUAAUGGUGCUCCAGAAAGCAAGAAGGUGAAGUGCGAUGACUGAGCUUAACGUUGGCACACCGAAGACUUAAUACAUCUCACCAGACAUGAACGGUGUCAGCGUUCAUACUCUUGCAGCAAACAAUGUAUCAGACAACAUCCUGUGCCUGGGAACAGGAAAAAAAAAAAUACCUGGAAAGGGAUUGACUGUAAAAUUGUUUUAUUCUGUAAGAUUCUGCCAUGUUCUUGUGUAAUAAAACAUGAAGAAGAUUUUUCUUUACUCAGAGUUUAGACAGUUCAGGGGUUAUAUGUAAAUUAUACUUGGACAUCCAUAUUAACACAUCUGGUCUAUAUGGAACAGAUUCCCAGUCCGUUGUUAUGAAGGGAUAAAGGAAAUGUCACCUUUGCUGCACAGAAUAUUGCCAGGACUGUCUUGAGAAAAGGAGUACGUCGAGUGAAGCCACCUGUUGCAUUCGUGACACUUUUGAGUCAGUUAAUUAAAACAUUUUUUCCAUUGAAAGUACAUUGUUUUUGCCCUGUUUCGGUGUUUUAUUCUAAAAGUAAACAUUUUUUCCCCCGAACUGCGUUUUCCAUUUCUAUUGCCCCUUCUUUUGUAAGUGAAGUUCAAAGUGUUAUUACUUAAAUGGCAUU